CACUUCCAAUCCAAUCCAGGUACUCCUCGACUCUACCUGUUUCAUUCUUUUCUCUCUUCUUUCUUCUGGGCUUGAAAUCUGGAUGGGUGAUUGUCUCGGCUUUCUUUCACGGAAUGAGUUCCUUUUUAUGCUUCCAUGAUUGCCCGUGACGCAUUGCUAUUGUCAAUUUCGAUCCUUUGUUGGUUGGGCAAGCCUGAAUAUGAAGUUGUAGACAAAUUUGAACUCCACUGAUUGAAUUUUGGAUCAGACUCUUUGCGUCAGUUUCACCGCCAUAAUGUCGUACUAGUAACGUGCUUAGCGAUAGCAAGUUUGUUUAAUCUGGCUGCCCACUGACUUCUGCGCAUUCCCUUUUUUUCUCAUCUUUGUCAACUCAUGUGAGAAAUUUACGAUAGCUAGGGAGGAAGGCAUGGCUGCAAGGAAGCCUGGCUUGAUUGCUCUGUUCGAUGUUGAUGGGACUCUUACUGCUCCAAGAAAGGAGGUCACUCCUAAGAUGGUAAAGUUUAUGCAAGAUCUCCGAAAGGUAGUUACUGUUGGAGUGGUUGGUGGAUCCGAUCUCGUUAAGAUAUCAGAGCAGCUUGGAAGGACAGUCAUCACCGAUUAUGAUUACGUGUUUUCCGAGAAUGGCCUUGUAGCUCAUAAGGCUGGAAAUCUCAUUGGCACCCAGAGCUUGAAGUCAUUUCUCGGAGAUGAACAACUCAAGGAAUUCAUAAAUUUCACAUUGCAUUACAUUGCCGACUUGGAUAUCCCCAUAAAACGGCAAGUCCAAUUCAGAUCGCAAAAGGGAACUUUUAUAGAAUUCAGAAGCGGUAUGCUGAAUGUAUCUCCGAUUGGGCGAAACUGCAGCCAAGAGGAAAGAGAUGAAUUUGAAAAAUAUGACAAGGUUCUGAACAUUCGCCCAAAGAUGGUGUCCGUACUGCGUGAGAAAUUUGCCCACCUUAACUUGACAUUUUCGAUAGGCGGGCAAAUAAGCUUUGAUGUAGGUGCAAGUUAUCGUGCUUGUUACACUUUGGUUUUCCCCCAAGGCUGGGACAAGACAUACUGCUUAAGAUAUCUUGAUGAGUUUCCUGAAAUUCACUUCUUCGGUGACAAAACUUACAAGGGAGGAAAUGACCAUGAAAUAUAUGAAUCAGAACGGACCGUGGGACACACUGUAACCAGCCCUGAUGAUACAAUGGAGAAAUGUAGAGCGCUGUUUCUUGGUGGCCAAUGAUCAUUUGAUCAUAUGCAACCGCCUCUUUGAGCCAGUUGUUGUGCCUUAAAGUGUACUGUCAAAUCUGCAAACCAUAAUAAGUGGAGUCCAGCUUUUGAGUGGUUGCUGGUGUCGAAGAGGAUCUUUGGAGAUAAUUUUGUGACUCAGGAGUGGUGGCAUGUAAGUUGUAACAUGUAAUUCUUAACAAACUGCAGCCUUCAGCCUGCAGCAUUGUAUCAGUAGUUCAGUACUAUAAGUCUCAACUGUAGAUCUUUUAUUCUGUUGUCCAUCUCUGAAAUUUCAGCAUGGAGCGGGAAAAACUCGUUUAUGGUUUCGAGUUACAAGCGUGCAGAUAUGCCUCUUUGUCUCGUCUUGUUUAUGCCAACUUUAUUUAUGAUCUGAAGGUGAUGGAAAUAUCCAUGAUGCCAGGUCUGGAUUUCACAAAAUGUUGUUUAUACGCGUGUGAUAUACAGCUGAUGUAUGUAUAUAUGUCGGUUCGAGUUGGUUAGCUGAUGUCAUGCAUUUGCGAAAUCGUGUCGCAAAUGAAAUCCGUGAUACUUAGGAUGGUGAUAACAUAGUAACGAAAUUGUAUGGAUUAGGUAAAUGUACGAACAACAGUCCAAUUUAGGGAGAAGAAAAGCAAAUCACG